CUCUGCAGCUUUGGAUUUAACUUCUCAGAACAUUGUUGUUUUUCUGUUCAGCUUUAGAAAGUGACACAUGCAGGGAGAUCUGCAGGACUUUUCUCACUGUUUCACUGCAGAAGCCUCUGCUGAGAUACAUUAAAUUUACAGUAGAUUCGUCAGCGCUGCAUGGGAACAAAAGAGCUGCUGGGUUUAUAUAACUUCAUCUACUUCAAAGGGAAAACGCAGAUCAGUUUACAUAAAACUGAGCUGAUGCAUUCAAUGAAAACAGGAUUCCAGGUAAAUUCCUGGAUUUGUUAAGCGGAGGUUCUGAACAGGAAACCAGCAGAGUUGAAUGUGAGGAGAAACCUGUUGGAUAUCUGCUGUAAUAUUUCAUUUGAACUGUAAAAUGUGUUGAAUAUGGCUGGCUGCUGGAAUAUUUCCUCUGUUCAGAAAAUGAAAAAUGCUAAAGCAUCAGGAUGAGGCUCAAAUUUUCCUUUAAAACGUCUCUGUUCUGGUUCUGGUUGGCGCUCUGCAGGAACUAGAACUGAAACACAAAAUCUGCCUGGAAGCUGCAAAGCGCCACCUACAGGCAACAGCAGAAUGUAAUCAUCAAAGCCUCUGUUUUACCAGCAGCAUGCACCAAGAAACACCUUCCUCCGUGCAGAUAGGGGGCGAUAGAGCAGAUAUUACGACACGUUCAGGAAGAACAACCUGCAUGGCUAAAGCAGCGCUAGGCUAACGGCUCCACUGUUGUUGACUGUUUAUCAGAGACUCAGUCUGGAUUAUCAUGGCAACUUUUUCAUAGUUAGCGUCCAGCGCUAGCCUGGCUAUCGCCUUCCUGCGCUGUUCCACUAGAUUCUCAUUUCCCUUCACAGACAGUCUGGGCUUUCAGCCAUUCACUCUGAUUGUCUCUGGUAGAUUUUCUCCAGGCCAACCAGCGAGCAGAAGGAGAAGUUGUGAACAAUGACGUUUUUUCUGCUGCCUUGGGAUCAUAGUCAGCCUGUAGUUUCAGCAGGAAGGGAAGGAUGCCAUGUAGGCUGCGUUGGCCACGCCCCCAAAUAUUAUUAUUAUCGUUCAGAUUGGCAGCUAAUCUCCUGUUAGCUUCAUAACGUAGAGCUGGUGCGUUACGUACGUAACGGGCAAACGCCAGUGAUUGGAUAAAAUGAAAACAUGUAAAUUUAAACGCAGGCCACGCCUCCAGGAAGUAAUGGUUUCUGCCUAACUGAGGGUCCAGAGCGCAGCAAAGCGCAAAAUCAGAUGUUUACGCCAUCUGAUUGGACGAUGUUCAUUUCUGACAUUUGACCUUUCUUUGUUAAAAUGUGAAUAGCUUGUGGCGUCAGACUCUCAUGUAUUUAUUUAGUUCCAGCAGCUUAUGAAGUUCAGAUCUGGUACAGAUCAGAUCUUUGCAUCUGUUCCUGAAACUCGAGAGAAGAAACUUCUGGAUCCUCAGCAGAUUUACAGCAUGAAGGCUGGAAGUGAGGAAGACUGUGGUGUGUUCAGGGACAUCUGGACUUCCUGGUUGCAGGGACAGAAUGAGGAAAUGUUAAAGCCUUCCUGGAGUCUGCACUGGAUUUGUUUUUUGAAGCUUUUCCCUUCAUGUUAAAUAUUAAUAAGCUGAAUUUUCUGCUCAUGUUUCCAUAAAUUUGAGGGAUGGGGAUCGUUUCUGUGAUCCUCCUCCGGUUCCAGCAGGCCGCGUUGAUGUGCAGCGGCUGGUUGGACUGAAUGAUAAUGUGGGAGGAGGAUUUGAAUCCCAAAGAGACGCAGGCAGGAAGUUUGCAGUAAAUCCUCUUUUUUCCAGCAGCGUGUUGAAUUAGACGGAGAAUCUGUGGGCAGAUCGCCUCCGCUGCUCCAGAAACAUCAAACCUGAAGCCGUUUUCUAAAAGACUCGGUUUCAAAGCGAAGCUUCAAAUUCCCCCAGAUGAUGUUUGUGUCGUUUCCUCUCAGGCUCACUGAACAGAAAGAUGCUGAAAUAUGUGAGACACGUGAGGAAAAUCUAUAAAUGAAUCAUAAACAGAAACUUUCAAUCAUUAAACUCUGAAUUAUGUCAUUAUUUACAGUUUGUCCACAAUAAAACAUUUCUCUGUGUUGAAGGAAAAAAUCUAAUGCAUACAUUAUUGAAUUUAUUGAUUAAUUGAACAGGAAAAAUUAUGUUUCCUGUUUUUUUAUGCGUUUGGUCGGCCUGUUGGUGUUCCUGAACGCACCGCAGCAGCCUGUUGCUGUUCCUGAACGCACCGCAGCAGCCUGUUGGUGUUCCUGAACGCACCGCAGCAGCCUGUUGGUGUUCCUGAACGCACCGCAGCAGCCUGUUGGGGUUCCUGAACGCACCGCGGUAGCCUGUUGGUGUUCCUGAACGCACCGCAGCAGCCUGUUGGUGUUCCUGAACGCACCGCAGCAGCCUGUUGGUGUUCCUGAACGCACCGCGGUAGCCUGUUGAAGUAGAGAUUCAGAACCAGCUCCAGAACCUUUCUCAUCAGCCACCAGAACAUUUUUCCAGAAGUCUUGUGGAUGUUUUGGGCAGUGAGGCCAGCAGAGUUGUUGUUUUGGUCCUUGUUGUUGAGCCUGGAAUUGGAAGGUUCUGGUCCAGACUCUAUGACGGUGCAGAGAGGAAAGAAGCUCAGCAUCUCCAUCCAGGAACACAUGGCCAUAGACGUCUGUCCUGGUCCCAUCAAACCCAUCCGGCAGAUCUCCGCCUACUUCCCCCGCCUCUCCCCCACCUCCCCUAACCCCUCCUCCUCCCCGGUGGCCCUCAGCCCCCCCGCUGCGGCGGCGCCAGUGGGCGGGGCCAACCUGCUGUCGCCGCUGCGGACCCAGUGGAGGCGGGGCGGGUCGUCGUCCCAGAACAGCAGCGUGGAAACGUCGGUGGACAUCAACAGCGAGGACAGCGAUGACAGCACCGCUCUGGGAACGCUGGAGUUCGAGCUGCGCUACGACAUGAGCUGCAGCGAGCUGCACUGCACCGUGCUGCGGGCCAAGGGUCUGAAGCCCAUGGACUUCAACGGUUUAGCUGAUCCCUACGUCAAGCUGCACCUGCUGCCUGGAGCCAGCAAGGCCAACAAGCUGAAGACGAAGACGAUCAGAAACACCCUGAAUCCCUUCUGGAAUGAGACGCUGACCUACUCUGGGAUCACAGAGGAGGACAUGCACAGGAAGACGCUCAGGUUGACCGUCUGCGAUGAGGACAAGUUGACUCAUAACGAGUUGAUCGGAGAGUCCCGGGUUCCCCUGAAGCGGGUCAAACCGGACCAGUCCAAACAUUUCCACACCUGCCUGGAGCAUCCGCCGCCGCUGCCGUCCCCCACCGCCAUGGGAGAAGCUCUGAGAGGAAUAUCCUGCUACCUGAGAGAGUGGGAGAAGGAGCAGCUGCACAGCCUGGAGGAGCGAGGCCGCCUGCUGCUCUCGCUGCAGUUCCUGCCCUCCGCUGACGGAGGCGAAGGGCGGCUCAGCGGCGCCCUCUGUGUCGGCGUGAGGCGCUGCGCUCACCUGGCAGCCAUGGACGUCAACGGAUUCUCUGACCCCUACGUCAAAAUAUACCUGAAGCCCGACAUGCAGAAGAAAUCCAAACACAAAACCGCCGUGAUGAAGAAAACGCUGAACCCAGAGUUCAACCAGGAGUUUUCCUAUGACGUCUCGCUGUCGGAGUUGGCCAAGAAAACUCUGGAGGUGACGGUGUGGGACCAUGACCUGGGACGGUCCAACGACUUCAUUGGUGGCGUCUUCCUGAGCUGCAGCUCUCAGGGUGACGCCCUUCGCCACUGGAUGGACUGCCUGAAGAACAAAGGUCAGCGGGUGGAGCGCUGGCACAUUCUGACCAAUGAGCUGCCGCGGAGCUCCAGCCACGACUAAGGACGCCGCCUGCGGUCGCCAUGACGCCGCCUGCGGUCGGCGCGCCUUCGUCUCUGAUCAUCUGGAAACGUUUUGGUCGCUGAGACUCCAGCAUGUUUACAGGAUCCGGGCGAUCCGCCCCGUCUUGGACCGACGCUUCACUCUCUGCAUGAAGCCA